AAUGAUAAUAUUAUAGAUUCUUCUUCAGAUAAUGAACCUGAUGAUAAUGCAUCUCUAGGUUCUUUGUUUGCUUAUGAAAAUGAUACAGAUAAUCUAACUUCGAAACAGCCGGCACAAUUUCAACAAUUUAAUAAUGAGUUUGAAAUUGCUUGGUGGUUGGCACACCAAAAAAGAAUUUUAGAUUUAGCGACUAAUAUUAGAAAAGCGAAGUUGACAAGAGUAGAUGAAGAGGAUAAUUCAACUUCAAUAUCUACUAAUAUUAUAUUAAAUGAACCUGUAUCAAAACUCUCUGAAAUUGAUCAAGAAGAAUGUAAAGCUCUAUUCCUCCGAACUCGAAAUAAUACUACAGUAUUAUACGAAGAAUUAAUUACAAAAGUUAGCAAAAUUUCAAAAACUGAUCGAAGAUUAGGAUCUUUGGUUAAAGAUAUUGGUGGAUGGUAUAAUUCAUAUCGGCACAAAUUUCAUAUUGCAUUAAUAAACUUGGCAAAUGAAUUUAGAUCAACUAAUGAAAGGUUCGAACCAUAUGAUGAAUUGGAUGAAUUUGUUUCUGAUGAAGUAUGGAAGCAAUUAUUAAAAAUGUAUAUACAAGCGACUGAUCAAACGAAAUUAAAACAAGAUCGUGAAACUUAUAUAAAACUUGGUGUUUUUGUACGCCAAAUCACUAAGGCUAUUCUUAUUGCUCAAGAUAAAAACAAGAAUACGCAAAAUGUUAUUAGAAAGCAUGAUGAAUAUACUAUUGAUUUGAAAAUACCAACUAAACUUGGAGUAGUAGAAUCAUUACCAGUUCGAGAGCUCUUGGACUGUUAA